GUCUCACGCUACAGACUUACUGAGAAGUCACAACAUUAUCCUCUCGAGGACAACCACAACCAGGGUGCUUAUCUAUUCCCCCAGUCAAUACAUUAAUCAAAUCCAAAAAACAAACAACUCAAAGCCUCUGUGUGUGUGUGUGUCUGUGUCUGUGUGAGAGAGAGAGAGAGAGAGAGAGAGAGAGAGAGAGAGAUGGAGGGAAUGCAGCAGUUAGCCCUUCCCAUAGUGGGAAUUGUAGCAGUUGCAGCUGUUACUUUCUAUGCUGUUAGCUUUGCCGAGCUCAGAGAGGUACCAAUUCUCUCUCUCUCUCAUAUGCACAUACUUUUCUUUAUGGUGUUACAACUGAUUUCUUUUUUGAAUUUGCAGAAAUCUUUCAGAGACUUAGAUGAGUCGGAAGAGUCAGAAAACAUGGGAUUUAAAUCAUCUUUAAGCUCCAGAGAAAGGCGAGCAAGAAGAAAGGCUGAGAAAGAAGCCAAAUCUUGAAUUCAUCUUUCUUUCUCACAGAUAUGUGUGAAAGGAUUUUCCAUCUUAUCUCUCUCUCUCUCUCUCAUGGAUUUCAGAUUUCAGAUUGAGUUACCCUUUUUCAUUGUGUUUCUAUUACACAUUGUAUGAUUGAAGGUACUGAAAGAAUCUGAAUUUUAUACUAUCUUCUAGUAAUUUUCUUAAAUUUAUCUG